AUGUCAGUCUCCAACAUCCCUGCCAGUGUGGCCGCAUUCGCCGUCCCGCGGCUGUUUCACAACACCUGGGCCAAGACAUUCAUUUGCUAUCCACAAGCCUACUUCCAGCCCCGCGACGAGGCGGAAAUCGUUGAAUUGGUCAAGACCGCGCGCCAGGUCAACAAAACCAUCAUGGUGGUUGGUUCUGGUCACUCGCCCUCGGAUAUCACCAUGACCAAAGAUUGGGUCGUGAACUUGGACCGCUACAGCCGUGUUCUCAAAGUGGCCCCACAUGAGUCCGGCAAGUACACGGACGUUACCGUCGAGGCCGGAAUGCGGAUCUAUCAAUUGAACGAGUUUCUGGCCAAGAAAGGACUGGCGAUUCAAAACCUCGGCUCAAUUUCCGAACAGUCUGUUGCCGGUAUCAUUUCCACCGGUACCCAUGGAGCUUCACCAUUCCAUGGAUUGGUGAGUCAACAGGUUGUGGAUCUCACGGUUGUUAAUGGCAAAGGCGAGGUGGUGAAGUGCUCACCAACUUUGAAUCAGUCUCUUUUCCGUGCGGCUUUGCUUUCGCUCGGGAAAAUUGGGCUUAUUUCGCAGGUUACUCUGAGAACGGUUCCUCGGUACCAAAUCAAGUCGCGCCAGGAGAUCAUCAGUUUCCAAACCUUGCUGGAGAACUGGGAUUCUAUCUGGACCUCGGACGAGUUCAUCAGAGUUUGGUGGUUUGCCUAUGCUGACAAAUGUGUGGUUUGGAGGGCUUCCAAGAGCUCCGAUCCUUUGAGUGAGCCAAGAAAGAGUUGGUACGGAACCAGAUGGGGCAGACUGUUCUAUGAGUCCCUAUUGUGGGUCUCGGUCCAUGUGGCUCCACGCUUGACUCCGUAUGUCGAACGCUUUAUUUUUUCGAGACAAUACGGUACCAAAGAGACUCUUGGCCAGGGCGAAUUUGCAGUCCAAGAGUCCGUUGCCGGCCUCAACAUGGACUGUCUGUUCUCGCAAUUCGUGAACGAAUGGGCUGCUCCAUUGACCAAUGGACCAGAGAUCUUGCGCAGUCUUGACAAUUCUAUCAAGGAAGCAGCCAGACGCAACCAAUUCUACGUUCAUGCUCCGAUCGAGGUGCGGUGUUCGAACACCACCAGCAGCGGUUCAAUUGAGGACCCAGACGUUUCCCAGCGUGGCCUCAUUCAUCCUGGUCCAGUUGUUGGCAAUAACCUGAGACCAUUGCUGGACAACACUCCGCAAUUGGCGUAUGUUCCUCAAGACUCGGUCACCAACUCGCAAUUGACUCUCUACAUCAAUGCCACCAUGUACAGACCAUUCUACACGAGUGUGCCUAUUGGAAAGUGGUACAGUAUUUUUGAAGAGACCCUUGAGGCUGCAGGUGGAAAGCCGCACUGGGCCAAAAAUUUCAUCGGCUCCGAGUCGCUUGCCUCGCAGCAGGACAAACGUUAUAAGGACGGUGAGAUGAAGGGAUUUGCCUACAAGAUGGAGGAAUGGUUUGGCGAGGAUCUGCACACUUUUAAGAAGGUGCGGGCCGAAAAUGAUCCAGACGGGGUCUUCCUGUCUGGACUGGAAUGGGCCGUUCGCAACGGGAUCGUCGAUGAACCUGUAGAGUGA